AUAUAAAUAUUACUAAUGGUGAAUUUAAGUAGUUCCAAUUAUAACAAUCAAUUGUUACAUAAAUAAAGAAAAAAAAAAACUUUUGUUUUUUUAGUGUAAAGACAAUAUUAAUAUUAUUAUUCUUAUAAAAAUAUUAAUAAUUAAUAAUAUUAUUAAUAUUAUUAUUAUAUUAAAAUAAAAUGUUACGUUCAACUUCAAAUGUUUUAAAACAGAGACAAAAUUUAAUACAAUGUUUGAAUAUGGAAAAAUCUACAAAAGGAAAAAAUAAUAAGUUAACAAUAAAACCAAAUAUUUCAGGUCUCAGUGAAAAAUGUUGUAAAGUUCCAAGUACACCUGUAGGACCUAAUGCUGCUAAAAAUACAGAAUAUAAAAAUCCAGAAUAUUUUUGUUAUCAUACAGAAACUUUUGGAGAAGCAGAAGUAGAAUUAGCAAAAUAUAGAUUACCAGCUCCUUCUAAUAAAAUACCUUUUCAUAAAUAGUUUUUUAAUUGUAUUCUAUUGAUAAAAUCAUGUAUGUAGUAAGAAAAAAUAAUUAAUAAAUAAAAUUUAAAUAGAAAAAUUAUAAAA